CAAAGAAACCGGCAAAAUGAUGGGUGGCGGCGGUCCAGUUUUGGUUCUCAAGCAGAACACGAAGCGAGAAUCGGGACGGAAAGUCCAGCUCGGAAAUGUGAAAGCGGCAAAGAUGAUCUCUGAUGUGAUCCGGACAUGUCUGGGCCCUCGCUCCAUGAUGAAGAUGUUGAUGGACCCGAUGGGCGGGAUCGUCAUGACAAAUGAUGGGAACGCCAUCCUCAGAGAGAUCCAGGUCCAGCACCCGGCUGCCAAGUCCAUGAUUGAGAUCAGCCGUACACAGGACGAGGAAGUGGGCGAUGGGACAACAUCAGUCAUCAUCUUGGCUGGAGAGAUGCUGUCAGUCGCUGAACCGUUCCUGGAACAGCAGAUGCACCCCACACAGAUCAUCAGCGCCUACAGACAAGCACUGGAGGACAGCCUGGACGUACUGAGGGACCAGAUUAGUGUACCAGUUGACGUGUCCAACGAGGAUGAAAUGGUGAAGAUUAUCUGCAGUGCCCUGGGCACAAAGUUCAUCCGCAAGUGGAUGUCGCUGGCCUGCAAGAUGGCCCUGCAGUCCGUCAAGACGGUCGCGCUGGACGACCAGGGCCGACGGGAGAUCGACAUCAAGAGAUAUGCAAAGGUUGAAAAGAUCCCAGGGGGCGCCAUUGAGGACUCCCGCGUUCUGAGCGGCAUCAUGAUCAACAAGGACGUCACCCAUCCCAAGAUGCGGAGACGCAUCGAGAACCCGCGUAUCGUCCUUCUGGACUGCUCGCUCGAGUACAAGAAGGGGGAGAGUCAGACAGACAUAGAGCUGGUUAGCGAGCAGGACUUUAGCCGUAUCCUGCAGUUAGAAGAGGAGUACAUUCAGAAGAUUUGUGAAGAUAUCAUCCGGGUGAAACCCGACAUCGUGUUUACAGAGAAGGGGGUUUCAGACCUCGCUCAACAUUACCUCGUGAAGAACAACAUCACCGCCAUCCGCCGCAUCCGUAAGACGGACAACAACCGUAUUGCCAGGGCCUGUGGAGCCAACAUUCUGAACCGCACAGAUGAGCUGAGGGAAGAAGAUGUUGGAACAGGAGCUGGUCUGUUUGAGAUUAAGAAGUUUGGAGAUGAAUAUUUCACCUUCAUUACAGAGUGCAAGGAUCCAAAGGCUUGCACCAUCUUGUUGCGCGGAGCGUCGAAGGACGUGCUGAACGAGGUGGAGCGUAACCUGCAGGACGCCAUGCAGGUCGCUCGCAACGUGAUGCUGGACCCCCGCCUCGUACCAGGCGGCGGCGCGGCCGAGAUGGCCCUCGCUCACAUUCUGAAUGAGAAAGCCAAGUCCAUCCAGGGCAUCCAGCAGAAGCCGUACAUGGCAGUGGCCCAGGCCCUGGAGGUGGUGCCCAGCACACUCAUCCAGAACUGUGGAGGCAACACUAUCAGAACACUCACACAGCUCAGGGCUAAGCAUGCCACAGCAGGGAACAAGAACUGGGGGAUCAAUGGAGAGACGGGCAACAUCCAGGACAUGGAGGAACUGGGCAUCUGGGAACCUUACGCCGUCAAGGCACAGGUCUACAAAACUGCCGUCGAGACGGCGAUUUUGCUCCUUCGAAUUGACGACAUUGUCUCGGGUUCCAAAAAGCAAGCCGGUCCUGACCCGAUGAAACCAGAAUGACGACCAUCGGAGCUUUCAUAAUCUUAACGUGAAUUUGAAUUUGCACUAGGUAGUAUUGAAAAAAAUGAAUGACAUGAUUUAAAAGUGAUAGCAAAAAUGUUUUGGUGACAAAUUGACUUCUCUCAUGCCAGAUAAUUGUUGGGGUCCACAGAUUAUCUUUUUAUGUGUCACAACUAUACUGGUACUGUCUCCAAAACUUGCCAAUAUGGUAUGCAACACCAUUUAUUCUGUGUGCGUCUACUACAAGUUUUGUCUACUUAUACAUUUUGUAAGUUUGUUACACAGACUCAAAGACAUAAUGUCUACAACAUCUGCACUUUAUUAUUGAGUCAGUAGAGGUUCUUUAAAAAGAAAUCUGUUUGCAUGGUUAUUAUAUAUUGAUGUGUUUUCUGAGUGUCUUUCCUUUGAAGCAAAAGUGGUGCCAGGUGGUUGAUGUGUCACUAGUACUACAAACAUUAACCAUUGUCCAAACUGAUAUGAAAUCAUACAUGUAUUGAUGUAGAGAUUACAUUGGUGUUUGUUACCUUUGUGUUUGUUUCUGAUACAUUUUUGUACUCCAUUAUAUAUCAUCACUACUAUACAGCCAAGGGAUGGAAAAUCUCUUCCCUUGAAUGAGUGGAAAGCUUUAACUUGCAAAAUUGUAACCAGAAAUGUUAGGGAAGAAUUCCCUUGCACACCCAUCAGAGCACUGCGGUACCAAUAAA